CAUCGACGCCGGGAAAUUUGCGAGGGAACUGAUGAUUAACGUGACAGAAGUCUUAGAGCUCGUGCCGCCGACUACUUCCGUAAACCCUAAGCGGGUCCUAGAAAAAGCUUUCAAGAAAACAUCCUCCGCCGGGACUUCCACCGCGUGCAUCGUCACCCACGCGGCGGAGACCGACACUCUGAAGGCGGUGAACGUGGGAGACAGCGGGUUUUACGUGAUAAGAGGCGGGAAAGUGGUGUACAAAUCGCCUGUGCAGCAGAGGAGGUUCAACCACCCGUAUCAGCUGGGGAAAGACAUCGGUGAUGGGCUGAGUGUGGCCCAAGAGCUUGAAGUUAAGGUGGAGAAGGGAGAUUGGGUCGUGGCCGGGACGGAUGGGCUUCUGGACAAUGUGGACGUGGCCGAGAUUGAAGAGGCUGUGGAUGAGACGUACGCCAUGGGAGGAGGGUCGCAUAUGGCGGAGAGCUUGACGUUAUUGUUGGGAAAUAUGGCUUUGAACAAUUCGUAUGAUAGGAAGAAGGAAACGCCAUUUUCAAGGGCUUCAAGAUUGGCGGGGCUGAAUUAUUCAGGGGGAAAGAUUGAUGACAUUACUGUGGUUGUGGCAUACAUAAGUUAAUUAAUUUUUUUGGAUUAUGAAUUAACUUGAUGUAGGUCUUAAACAACAUAUUGUAUGAUUAUGAUUUUGAUUGUACAUAUGAAUUUGUUAUCAAUUAUUCAAUUCACGCGCGCUAUGCCC